UUUGAAACAGAAGAAGACAAGACCUAAACAUUGGUUCGUCAACGUCACUUUUCGUUUCUAGGUUAAAAACAAAUUUAUUCAAGAAAAAUUGAACAAUAAUAACAAUUGAUAAAAUAUGCCAAGUGUUGGAUCAACUGACAAUAGUGAAAAUUUAAAAGAACGUGUUAUACAAGACAAUAUUGUAAAAUGGCAAUCUCUAGAUAAGUCUUUAGCACCAUUGUCAGCGGAGCAACUGGAUGUAAUUUAUGAGUUAGGUGAUUUAAUAUCAAAUACUGUGAAAGAAAAGAACGAUACAGAUGUGGAUAAAACCAGUGAGACACUAGAUACUAUAUACACAUUACAAGAUUUUGUUAAAUGGACAAUAGCUGUUGAACAUGAUAUUAAACACGAAAAUUUAAAAAUGUAUCAAGACUAUUACCAAUUGUUAACUCAGUAUAAAUCUAAUUGUGAGAUUCUCUUUGAUAUGUCAGACAAAGCGUUAUGUUCUCUCAAUAGUUUAAAAGAAAAUUAUAAUAAUGUAACAGAAAAAACGAAUUACUUGCAUGAUCUUAGUGAGCAACUUAUGGCUAAUCAAAAAAUAUUAAAGGAAAAAAAGCAACAAAUAAAUGAUAGAAUAAAGUAUUUCAUUGAUUUUACGAAAUGUCAAGAUGGAGUUGAAAGGAUAAAAAAUAAAAUGAAUAAUGACGAUUGCAUUUAUAUUUUAGACAAGAUAGAUGAAAGUAUAGACUAUUUAAAUCAACAUCUGCACUAUAAGGAAUCCAGAAUUUAUAAGAUGAAAUAUGAGAGUCUUCUAAAUACUAUCCUUAAUAAGAUAUAUGAUUAUGUAAAUACUAUACUUGUUGAGACAACAAAGCAAGUUGUAGAUCCCAAUGUUAAUUUCCAAUCAGCUCAGGUCCCUCAUAUUAAUAGUAUGGUUGAUUCUGCUUUUUCUCUAUAUUAUGGGAAAUUUCAAAGUGUUUCAGUAAAAGUGAGAAAUAUUCUGAACAAUUUGGAGGAAAGGGAAACCAGAAAUGAUCAAUAUAAAAAUGUUUUAAUUGAUUGUAAAAAGUCAUAUUUUACUCAGAGGCUACCUAUAUUAACUGUUGCUGUAGGAAAAGCUUUGAACGAUUUGAAAGAAAAAUAUUAUAAAGAUCAUAGUACCCUAUUCAGAUCAUGUUGCCUCUUCAUCCUAAAAGUUUGUCAAGAUGAAGUAAUGUGUUUUAAUUACUUUUUUUCAAAAGGAACUGAACAUUUAAAUGAUUAUUUAGGAGCACUUUGUCAGUGCCUUUAUGACACAUUGAGACCAAAUCUUAUUACAAUAAUUCAUAUAGAAGUUCUAUGUGAAUUAUGUGGAAUUUUGAGAAAUGAAUUUUUAAGCGAUAAAGUUGUAGACUCCAUCCAACUAAGUAAAUAUGUUGAAAUCAUUAAACAGUUAUGGCAAGAUGUUGAGGAGAGACUUGUGUUUAGAACAAAUGUGUUUUUCCAAUAUGAUCUCUUAAAUUACAAACCAUCACCAGGUGACUUGGCAUACCCAGAAAAAUUAGAACAAAUUGAGAGUAUUGUCUUGGAAUUGAAAGAAAGAUCAGAUUCAAGGAGUUCGGUUGUAUCCCUUGAAUCUCAGGAAGUUGCUAAUAUAAAUUCACAAAUGUCAAACUUUCGUUCUUAUACAGGAAAUGCAUCUGCAGAUUUACACGGCAUGUGGUAUCCUACUGUAAAACGCACCCUUGUUUGUUUAUCUCGUUUAUAUUUUUGCUUAGAUAGAAGUACAUUUCAAGGAUUAGCACAAGAAGCUAUAGUCAUAUGUAUAGAAACUGUCAAAACAGCAGCAAACAUUAUUUCUACAAAAAAAACUAAAAUUGAUGGUUUUCUUUUUCAAAUUAAACAUUUGUUAAUUAUAAGGGAGCAAAUUGCACCAUUUCAGGUUGACUUUACUGUUAAAGAAACAACUUUAGAUUUUACUACAGUACAGAAAGCAGCCAUGGAUCUAAUCAAUCACAGAAAUAAAAUCUUCACAUUUGGAUCAAAUAACGCAUUGUUAGAAUUUCUAUUAGAGGGAACGCCAAAAGUCAAAGAGCACUUGAUUGACUCACGAAAAGAAAUUGAUAAGCAGUUGAAACAAUCUUGUGAAGCAUUCAUCACCCUGGUAACUCAAUUACUUGUAGGUAACAUCCUUGAUUGGAUAGCAAAAUCUGAAAAAACUUUACAAGAAAAAGUAGCACCUGAGAAAUUUUUGCAAGAGGAUUUUGCGAAAGCUGAAACUCUUUCAUCAGUAGUUAAAGAAAUUCAAAAGAACAUGAAAAUAAAAAUACCUCAAAUCCAACGAUCCAUGCAGAUUUAUCUUUCUAAUAGAGAAACUGAAUUCAUUUUAUUCCGACCUAUAAAAAAUAAUAUUGUUAAUGCUUUCAUGCAACUUGAUCAGAUUUUAUUAAGGAUCGGUUACAGCAAUGAAGAUCAGUUACUAAUUGGAUGUCCUUCUCCUGAACAAAUUAAUGUUCUAAUUUGUUCUGUAUCCUUGAGUGGAGCUCAAGAAAAUAGUACUACCUCAAAUACCUAAUACUUUAUAGUCAAUUUUUGAUCCAAUAAUUGAAUUGUAUUAUUUAAUAUAGAGGCAAUAAAUUAUAAUAAAUAAAUUAAGAAUU